GAGACACGGAAAGUCUCAUCACUCCGAUAACGUAGCCAUUAAAUAUAUUUGUGGUAAAAGAUACUGGAAAUUGUGGUUACUACUAUUAUAAAGUUUGAAACUAAAAUAAGGACGUAAUUGUGCUGUGUGAAAAACUUAAGAACUGAAAUAAAGCAGCGGUACAAUUUAUUAUAAAAGAAACUUGCAUUGCAAAUCUAAAGGAAAGCACACAAUCAAAUUAUUUUUUACAAAAUUAACCAAAUUGUGUAAAGUAAAAAAUUAAAUUGGAUCAUGCCGACUGGUGACGAAGUCCUCAAUGCUCUUCAAGAGUUAGAAGUUCCAUCUCCACCCGAAGAUAUAGCCAAAUACUUAAAAAGCCAUGGAUAUUCACGUAUGUCAUUCAAAAAGUUACUUUUGGAGGUGAAAGAGGCAUGCGAAAUUGGGGCAAUGCAUGGCUUCAUUGAGGAAUGUCGGGGACAGUAUUUCAGCAUUAAGCAAACUGCCGAAUUGCUGGAUUGUUUUGAUACACAAAUGAUGUUACAGGAUACUGCUGGUGUGCAGGAGAAAAGUCCACAUUCGUCUGAUAUUACAAUCAACAGUAUUUCUGAAAUACCGGCGUUUAGCAAGGCUGCCGCAAUUCGAAAGAAACAUGCGGCUACGAAACCAUCAGUUGAUCAACUUUUUGACUCAUCAACAGAGAUGUACAGCUUUGUUGAUCCUACACCAUCCGUUAUAAGCGUUCCAAAGCGUGUACGAAGAAAAGUAAAGAAAAAACCUAAAAACAAGGCACGAAAAAGGCGCAAAACUGUACAAGUCGAACCCAGUGUGACAACAGGCUCAAUCGAGUUAGCUGAUGAUGAUGUUGCUGUCAGUGAUGAAUCAAUACCUUUAUCUGAGCCGUAUGUUAUGCCAGCAGAAACUAAACGCCGGUAUUUAAACAUCAUAAAAUCUUUAAAAAGCAAAUCUACGCAACUACGGCUAAAAAAAGCUUUAUUUGGUUCAACAGAUAAUGAAUCAGAAGUUGAUUAUAUUCCAGUGGUCACCGAGCGUAAAGCUAAGCCUAAGACAAAGCGUAAUAAGAAGAAACGUGGUAAAAAAAUUCACUCUUUUAAAUAUAAAUCAGUAGGACACAAAGCACCUCUUAAUAAGAAGAGGAACUUAAAGCCUAAAAAAUCUACACGGAAUUAUAAUCCUAAUACAGAAUCUGAAUCACAAUGUGAAUGUAAGAGUGAUGUUAAUUCACCGGUUGCCGUACGUAAGACAAAAACUUAUUCACUUAAAUCAGUGAAAUCUGUUCCUGCAAGGAAGAUAACACGUGUCGCCAGUAAACUCAUUGCAAAACAACCAUCAGCGGAUAAUUUUGAAGAACCAUGUACAUCAAGUGCAAUAGCGCAGACUACCAUUGGGGAAUCUGAAAGCAAGCUAAAGAUGGUUCUCCGCUCAGGCCGUGAGUAUUGAUACCCCAGUCUUCAAUACUUCCAGUUCAUAGAUAAAUUAAUGCUCGGACGAAAUGACUUUGACUGACUCAAGACGGUGAUAUUUUUGGGUAAAAGUGCAUAUACUUGUAAUCUCAUAAAUUAAGCAGUGUAAUUAUUUUUAACACUAUUUUCAUAAAUUACUUGUAUUUAUUUU